GCCCUCCUCAUCUCACGGGGCACGCUCAAUGCCCUUUGCAGUUCCAUUCUCCCACCUCAGUUCUCCAUUUCUCUCCGAACGCACACGGCGGCACGCUUCCAUCCGCCCCUUCUGUGCUUCCCCCGCAGCCGCUGCACACCACCGCCUCCAUCUCCAACGCUUCAGUCGCCGGCCCUAUCACGCUGCUGACGCAGCGGCACGGCUCCGCCCCGAUCCCCAUGUGGUAGACGGCUCAAGCACGUCGUCAGCCCUCCGCAUGACGCAUGCGUGCCAACUCGCGACGUCAGCGCAUCAGCGCCAACUGCGGUUGGCCGAUGUACGCCGUGUCGUGUGGCAUGCGCGCUCGUGUCAUGCCCACAAACCACAAGACAAGACGCAAGACAAAAGCUCUUGUGCCAAACGCCUCCUCGCGCCCUCGCUCCAUUCCGAGGUUCCGAGGCUCGAGCGCCACUGCCCCCGUCCGCACAGACCCACGCCAUCCUCGUUCCACCCACUCACAACCGCAUCCUGUCCCCGGCCCACCCGAUGCCAAGAGGCGAAGCGAGAGGACAGGCGAGGUCAUAGCCGCGGUGAGCGGCGAGCAUGCGGGCGAGCAUAUGCGACAAGCGGUUGCCUCCAUGCAAAAAGUGGAAAUCAGAGGCGUCAGCUCUUGCAUUAAAGAUGUGGAUGGAAGAAUGCGCACCAUUCUUCUGUCCGAAGCGGUAAUUGAAACGUAAACAAGCUUGUGUCUCCUGAACACGGGGUUGUCCAGGUCGCGUCGCGUUGAAGGAUCGUAGGGUGCAGUGAUGAAAGGAUCCCAGGGUGAGAGGCUGGCGCCGACGGGUCAACCUGCCGACGGUUUCGGUGUGCAGUUUGGCGGCAUCAAGACUGGCGCCGUCGACUUCGGCAUGCCCUCCCGAAAUUUACAGCUUAUCUCUCCAAACGCUGGAGAUAGAGUUCAUCAUAUCUUUGCCACAUGGCAGCGUCAAGGUUUGUCACGUAGCUGCGUACGUCGGGUUGUGAGCUUCAUCGCAGGCGCCCUCCGACGACGGGUCGCCUCCAUUGC